GAUUUUGAUGAAUGUGGAGGAGACAAUAACCAAUGUCAUCAGAACGCCAUCUGCACAAACACUAUUGGCUCCUAUAGCUGCCGGUGCUCCGUAGGAUAUGCUGGUGAUGGCUUUCUUUGCAGAGGUAUUAUGUUCGAAGACCCAAGUUGUAGUUUUUCGUUUAAUUCGUGAAGGUUAAUUUUUGAAGAUCCUCAUCCAACGGUAAAGAGACAUCUCUUGUUAGUUUAAGGCUAGCUUAGGGCGAAUUUCUAAGGUAGAAUAAGCAUGCUUUUACCGUAAUAUUGCCUGAAAAUUUAGUUUUCAAAUAACUCUUUAGAGGGGUUUAAAUACUGAGCAGCGUAUAAUAGAAGUAAAAUAAGCGUUUAAACAUAGGCUGGAAUAAAUUAGGAGGGAGAUCUUCUCAGCAACUUUUUUUUUCCAGUUUCAGAAAUGAUAAAAUUUGGACAUUAACCUAAUCUCUAUGAACAACACUGAGCAAUGAAGUUUAUUAACUAUCCUAAUUUUAUAGUAUAUAGGAAUGCAGACCAUACUAUAGUUUUAAAUACAGCCCAAAAAAGGAAUUAAAGUACGUACGUGGAUUUCCCUACAAUUCUCGUACACUGCGUAGCUUUCCGCUCUGGUUACAAAUUUCUCAACAAACCGGACCGGGGACGCUUGUUAGAUCUUGUUACGCGGGCUUAAACUUUCGGGGAUUCAUCAUGAGAGGCUUUCUUGUAUGCUGAUGGGGCUAAUAUGCUAGAAGCUUCAAAAUCGUACGGUACUUUGAAUUCCUUGAAACAGUCGUAAAGAGUAAUUUUUUUCCUUCAGAUAUCGACGAAUGUUCUUCAGGUCACCAGUGUGACAGCAGUGCGACUUGUUAUAAUACAGAUGGAUCCUACACUUGCACAUGUAACAGCGGCUUCACGGGGGAUGGACGAACCUGUCGAGGUACAAGCCUUUGAAUAAAUACUGAAUACUAUAAACGACAGCUCUGUAAAGCUUUUCGAAAAAUAAGGUCGUCUGGCCAUAGGUGACAUCAUACGUAUAGCAAAACUUCUCAUUCUACACAAAGUGAGUCUAGAUCAUCGUCCUGAUUAUUUCACGUCCUAUUUCAAACAUGUCCGUUCUUCACAUGCUCAUAGUACUAGAUCCGCCACCCAUAACAACGUUCUGACACCUAGGAAUAGGAAUAGGAAGUUAGCAAGUGCUUGUUGUUUAUAGAAAAAGUGAGGUCACUCGUAUAUAGAGACAUAGUUUCCCACGCAAUGUUCAGAAAAGCACUGUCUACUGAUAAGUUUACCAAUUAAUACAACGCCUCGUAAGCACAUUUUAAAGUUUGCAGAUCUUUUUAGACAUUUAUAGAAGUUGUAGAAUUUUUUAUUUUUAUUUUUUUCAUAACUAAUAUCUGUUGUGUGGAGGACGAUUAUGAAAACUACCCGGUAAACGGUAAUGUCUCUACCCUCGUUGUUCUUCUCGCUCUUGUUAUUCAUCUUCUUCUACAGAUGUCGUUUAAGAAGAAACAAAAAGCAAACUGCGGUGAUAAACAUAACGAAAUGUAAGCGAAUUUCUGGGAAGAAAAAAGACUUUAACUUGACGUCUCGUCAAGCGGCGGCCCGUCCCCCCUCCUUAUUUAGCUUUAUUUUUAGGCUAAACGGAGGCCCGAAGGGUUGAGUAAAAUCAAUUUCUCAGUCGGGUCCUCUACUUACUUGCAAAUCUGAAUUCGCCACUGCUUACAUGCGUGCACAGAAUUGAAAGUCAUUUCUUCACAAUGGUCUACUAGUGUUCUUGUUAUGUCUUGAAAAGUUUACUCCUAUGACUAUGACAUUCGUUGACAAAAAAGAAGGCCCAGCUUAAAAUAAAAAAAAGUUUUGUUAUCUUCCAGAUGUUGAUGAAUGCUCGCUCAACACCCAUGACUGUCACUCCCAUGCAAUCUGCACUAACACAGAAGGGUCAUUUACUUGCAAGUGCGACGUGAAUGCACAUUACAUUGGUGACGGGAAAACAUGCACUCCCCAUCGUAAGCUCCUCAUUUUGUUCUCUUCGUUUUACCACUACUCUGACAAUUGUUAACUUCUAUUUUCUGGGAAAAGGUAUACACCAAUAUUUAUGUCGGCAAAGAGCAACCUCUCGCCUGCCUGUCGAUCAUCUUUAUUAUGCUCUUGUCCAAGAAUAUACUCUUAAUGAAAUUUCAAAUGCAACGAAAGCGAGAUUUGCUUGUUUAUUAUUUCGAUUGCUUCUGACUUUCUUGGGUACUUUAAUUCUGAGUGUAUUUUAGGCUAACCCCGCUGAUAUGUUUAAUUAGUCAAGUGGUUUUUUUUUAGGUAUAGCAAUUACUGGAGUCGUUGUCAGUCUCCGAAAUACAGUAUCUUUAAGAAGGAUGAAUUUCUGAUUUACUUUCUUUUUACCAGGUGGCCUCGAUGACUCCGUUAUCUUAGCGAACGAUGCCAGCAAGAUAUCGCAGUUAAAUACCUGGCUUCUUCCGCACUUGCAAAGUCCAGACAGAAGUUAUUGGCAACUGUGUUAUAGAGCCUCUAAUCAUGGCUGGAGCUCACAGACCUUUCACAGCUAUUGCGAUAACAAAGGACCCACUGUAACAAUUGUUAGGGUCGGAAUCUAUAUUUUUGGAGGCUACAGCGACAAGUCGUGGAAGUGUAAGUCUCUGAAAUAG